AAUAUAAAGGAGAUAAAAAAACAAAAAGCGCGCUCUUGGUGAAGCUCAGCAUCAGCACCAGCAUCCGAAGCGCGUCCCCGCCCCGGUAGAGGCUGCCCGAGAUCCCGGGAAGAGGAGUUGGUACUGUGCGAGUUAAAGUUGGGCUAAAAAGGGGGAGGGUGAAAGGAUGCUGCAGAGGAAUCUACGAUUUAAUUGACAUAGCCUAUGUGGAGAGACGUCUUUCUAAGUGAAGGAUGACUUGCAAAAUAUUGAGCAUAUGCCUCUUGUUUUUUGGUUUUCAACAUUGCUCAUCACGAGAAUGUGUUGAUCCACUUGUCUCUGGGCUUUACGCCUCCUCAUUCCUGGCCUCUUCAAGAUAUAACUUUCUGUACUCUGCCAACUUUGCCAAACUUUAUGGCAGCAGUGGCUGGUCCCCGUCCCCCAGAGACAGACAGCCAUGGCUGCAGGUUGAUCUGGGCAGGAAGUACCGACUGCUGGCAAUUGCAACCCAGGGGACCUUUAAUUCUUAUGACUGGGUCUCCAAAUACACACUUCUCUAUGGAGACAGACCAGACUCCUGGACACCGUACAUCAUGAUAGGUGGAAACUCUACCCUGCCUGGUAACUGGAAUUAUUAUCAGGUGAAGAGGAAUGUCUUCCAUUAUGCCUUUACUGCUAAACACAUUCGUCUGCUGCCUCUGGAGUGGAACACAGAGAAUGGAGGAAAGAUUGGUGUGAGACUGGAGCUCUUUGGCUGUGCUUAUGAUUCCUAUGUGCUGCAAUAUAAUGGAGAUGAUGCAGUGGUCUACUCGUAUCCAGAAAAAAGGUCACAUACUCUGCAUGACCACAUUGCCAUAAACUUUAAGACUCUAGAGCAGGAUGGUCUGCUGUUACACAGCGAGGGGAUUCAAGGAGACCUCCUCACCCUGGAGCUGAAGAAAGGCCGUCUUUAUCUGCACAUCAGCCUUGGAAGUAGCGUUAUACACAAAGUCGAUGGCCGUAUCACUCUGACUGCAGGAAGCCUUCUUGAUAAUCUUCACUGGCACUAUGUCACUAUCAAGCGCUAUGGUCGACAGGUGAACUUUACAGUGGACAGUCAGACAGUGACAGGUGUCUGCAAGGGAGAGUUUACUCAUCUGGAUCUGGAUAAUCAGAUGUACGUUGGAGGAGUAAUAGAGCCAAACUUGCCUCACCUUCCUACCACACCAAAUUUCCGUGGGUGUCUGGAAAAUGUCUUUAUUAACGGCAUCAACAUCAUUGACAAGGCCAAGAGAGAAGACCCUGAUAUUCGUAUUCCUCGAAAGAAAAAGAUGCAUUUUGCCUGCCGUGACCUUCUGCUGAGACCAAUGACGUUUGCGGGACCCAACAACUUCUUGCAAGUGCCAGGGUUCAUCAGAAGGCCAAAACUGUUUGUCAAGUUUAAAUUUCGCUCCUGGGACUACACUGGGCUGCUGAUGUUCACACGCUUUGCUGAUGACCUGGGUGCCCUUGAGCUAGGUCUGAGUGAGGGUCAGAUAAAUGUCACCAUUUUCCAGACCGGAAAGAAGAAAAUUCAGUUUGGUGCAGGAUACAGGCUCAACGACGGUUACUGGCACAGUGUGGAUUUGGCAGCAAGAGAAAACCUACUGACUCUCACCAUUGAUGAAGAAGAGGGCUCACCACUGAAGAUCACUAACCCCUUCAGCAUCCGGACAGGGGAUCGCUACUUUUUUGGUGGUUGUCCAAAAACCAAUAACACAUUGUUCAAGUGUGAGACCAAACUGAAUCGCUUCCACGGCUGCAUGCAACAUAUAUUUAUAGACAACGAACAGCUUGAUAUUGACAUUACUCUGCAGCGACAAUGGGCUCGAUAUGAGGAGCUGUUGAUAGGGACGUGUGGGAUCACUGACAGAUGUACUUCAAACCCAUGUGAACAUGAGGGCAGAUGCAUCCAGUCCUGGGAUGACUUCAUCUGCAUAUGUGAAAAUACAGGCUACAAAGGAGAAGUGUGUCACAUGUCGGUUUACAAAGAGUCAUGUGAGGCCUACAGACUCAGUGGUAAGUACUGGUCUGGAAAUUACACCAUCGAUCCUGAUCUCAGUGGGCCGCUAAAACCUUUUGAGGUGUACUGCAAAAUGAAGUCGUACAAAGCUUGGACGGUGAUUAUGCAUGAUCAGGUGGAAGGUACCAGAGUGACUGGAAGCUCGAUAGACGAGCCAUAUAUCGCAAAUGUGAACUACUGGAAUGCUUCAUGGGAUGAAGUCAGUGCUCUUGCCAACACCUCGUUGUACUGUGAACAGUGGAUUGACUAUUCAUGCUAUAAGUCACGUCUUCUCAACACCCCCAAUGGAAGGCCUUUUGGUUACUGGAUUGGUCGCAAUAAUGAAAGUCACUAUUAUUGGGGUGGGACAUUCAGAGAAGUCCAAAAAUGUGGCUGCACCAUCAACCAAACCUGUGUUGACCCCAAGUUUCAGUGCAACUGUGAUGCGGACUAUAGGCAAUGGUACUCGGAUAAAGGUUAUUUAGACUUCAGAGACCACCUGCCUGUGAGGAGGGUGGUAAUCGGGGACACCAACAGAACCGGUUCAGAAGCACAGAUUACAGUUGGGCCACUCCGUUGCCAUGGUGACAGAAAUAUUUGGAACACCAUAGCCUUCACCAAGCCCACCUAUAUCACCUUCCCCACUUUUAAUCCUGGAUCAACUGCUGACAUUUCCUUCCACUUUAAAACCUACCGUGCACCGGGGGUCUUCUUGGAGAACUCUGAUGACCAGCUUAGAAACUUUAUAAGAAUUGAACUGAACACCACCCACAAUCUUGUGUUUCUGUUUAUGGUUGGAGAUGGCAUCCUUAAUGUGACCCUUCGCUCCCCUGUGCCACUCAACGACAAUGAGUGGCAUUUUGUUCAGGCUGAGAUUAAUGUGAAACUGGCUCAGAUCAAGGUCGACUAUCAGCCUUGGGCUGUCAGAAGGUUUCCAGGUCAGACCUUUGUCACCAUGAAAUUCACACAUCCCCUCCUUGUAGGUGCAGCAAACCGCACCCUAAGACCUUUCUUGGGGUGCCUUCGAGGGUUACGUAUGAAUGGUGUCCCUAUUGAUUUGGAAGGAAAGGUAAAUGAAGAUCAAGGUAUAAGGAGGAACUGCACUGGACAGUGUCUUAAUGCCACCAUACCAUGUCGAAACAGCGGGCAGUGCAUUGAGGGAUAUGCUGCCUACACUUGUGAUUGUAAUAACACUGCCUUCGAUGGUUUCUAUUGCCACAAAGACAUUGGAGCUCACUUUGAGAUUGGGUCGUGGCUGAGAUACAACAUACGAAAGAAGCCCAUUUCAGAUGAGGCAGCGUGGGCAAACUGGAUCGACCCGCACUACGACAACUUCAGUCUCGGUUACAAUGACACAUCUGAUGACAUAGAGUUUAGUUUCAGCACUGUUCACAAGCCAGCUGUGUUACUGUACAUCAGUUCCUUCGUUCAAGACUACAUUGCCGUCAUCCUCAAGACUGAUGGUAGUGUAGAUCUGAGGUACAAGCUGGGACUCAUAACACACAAGUACCAGCUGACUCACCGAAACCUGGCAGAUGGAUACCCUCAUUAUGUGAACAUAACCAGACACAACAGAACCAUCAAAACACAGGUGGAUUACAUGGAACCCAUUGUGGAGAAGAUAACCCUUGUGGAGGAUGCUAGGUUUGACUCUCCAAAAUCCAUGUUCCUGGGCCGGGUUAUGGAGGUUGGUGACAUAGACUUAGAGAUCCAAAGGCACAAUGCUCCAGGCUUCAUUGGAUGCAUUUCUGGAGUGAGGUACAACAUCUACGCCCCACUGAAGGCUUUCUUCCGUCCAAAUGAAACAGAUCCACCUGUAACAACCCAAGGCUAUGUAUCUGAAUCCAACUGUGGGGCCUUUCCUCCAGUUCUGAGUUAUGUGCCUUGGGAGGUGGAUCCCUGGUUCACAGGCAUAGAAUAUUUUUAUAUCCACGAUGAUCUUGGCCUGUUCUGGAUAGCCGUUAUUGUCAUCCUGGCCUUGCUGCUGCUCUUUGGAGGCCUGUACGCCAUCUACGUCUAUGCCUACCAGCAAAAAGGGAGUUACCACACUAAUGAACCCAAAAACCUGGAGUCUCCAAGCAGUUCUAGGCCACUAACCGAGACCCUAAGGAGAGAAAAAAAGCACCUACCAGAAAUCGAAGAGGAAUUCAGAAGUGGCUAAUGUCACAGGACUUUUGGGACAAUGGGUGGGGGUUGGUAUGGGUUUGGAUACAGGGAACUAGCACUUACAAAAACCACAGAUACCUGUAGUAAGUUUUCUAAUUGCUUGUUUUCUUUUUUAUGUUUAGUUUCGUGUUUUGUUUGACGGAGGAGUGUCAUAAAACACGCCUGGUGCUCUGUUUUACACAGUCCUUGUUUUAGUAAGUUCUAUGCUGAAAUUAAGCCCCCUGUUGCAUGAGUAGCCAACAAGUCUCACACUGUAUUGCAGGGUGAAAUUCUGAAGUGCCUCAUCUGAGCAAGCUUAAUAUGAACCCAUACUAGCUUCACCAGAGAGGGUCUGGAUAAAACACUGUGGGCAAAAAAAGAACAUUUAAGGGACAUAUUCCAGCUUUUAUUGAUUGAUUUCCUUUCUGAGCCAUUUAUGAGACAGAUUAAAUUCAUCAAUAGCUUUCUAUAUAGAAUGAUUGCCAUAUAAAUUAUCCCUUUUAUGGACAAUCACAGAUGAGCCAGUUCUGAAACUCCAGCUAGUAAUCAAUCUUGGCUUUUGACAGUGCACAUAUAUGAGUGCUGGAGAGCUGCAAUCUUUGAAAUCCAAGUGAGAAAACUGGUGAUAUGGACUUGAUCCAUACAAAGAGUGUAAACGAUAUAUCUGCUCGUUGUUGUAUUACAGCCUAUAACAGUUCAUUGCCUAUACAGAACGGCACUUGUAAGUGGUUCAGAUUUGCCACAGCAUUGCUAGAUUGCUGCUUUGUCAAGUAGCCUGCUCGGACUUACAACACAUGGUUAUGUGUAGUGAGAAUUUGAAGAUAAUGUACCUCAGACCAUGGGAGCUUGUGGAUUGUUAGUGUAACGCAGCAGUCAAACUGAAAGAGAAGAUUUUUGGGGAUGGAGUGACCUAAAGUUUCCAUUCCUUCUGUCUUACUUCUGGUUACUUUUAUUAUGGUCAAGCUGUCAGCGGCUUGGUGCUACAGAGUGUUUGACAGACAUCUCUACUGACAGAACUAUAAAUACUAAAAAUAAUAUAAUUUUAAAAAAAAAUCAGUCCUUUCACAAACCUUCAAUGUUUAAUAAUAGACUAAUUUCAGGGAACAGCUGCUCUUUAUGGCCAUAUAAGAAGCAUCCACCAUAGAAAACACACACAGAAUGACAUUUUUACAGAGGACCACAACAGCACAGUAUAGUACUAUUUUUUUACAUCUGACACUGCAAGGAAAUGUUUGCUUCACACUGUAGCUGAACACAGAGUCAUUGCUGCUACUGCUUGAUUAGCUGCUUUCAUUAAAAGAAAAAAAAUCCUAACUUUAGUCCAAAUAGAUGUUUAUGAGAAGAAUUUUAGUUGACAUGUGGUGCAAACCAAAGCAUAGAGCUAUCAUCAGUAACUACAGCUCUCCUUCACAUUAAAGCACUAUUGUGUAUGUGAAUUAAACAGUUAAAAACUUAUUCAUACUAGUUAUGCAUACAUAGAGCAUGAGCGCACUUUGCAGUAACAUGCAAUAAUAUAAGCUUAUUCACUAACACUGUUUUUUUGGAUUUGCAAAUGUUAAAUAGCAAGUAGGAUGUCAUGUAAAAGUGUAUAUGUGAACCUUUAAAACACUACUGAAUGACAUUUUUAUUUCUAGAGUUUAUACACUUUAAGAUUUGGAGUGCUCUGAAUGUAAAUCCUUUGACUCUGCAAUGUAUGAGCAGAUACUACAGUAAAGACCUACACUGAUGUUUUUAUUGUAGACUGCUUAGUACUGAAAGUAUCACAUAGAUCGCUCAGGUUAAAGGAAAGCACAGCACUAUCUGUGGAGCUAAUACACCUCCAAAACACAACAUUGACGGGUUUCUUCCAUUACAUAAAGGCGGAGCUGUGCAAAAUUAUACAGGAAAAGAAUGUAGAGUAAAUGUAAAAAAAACAAAACUGCUAUUACUGUACAGUUCAGACACGACUUGCCAAUACUGUAUGAAGCUGUGCAGAUCUGAAAGCUUGCAUUUGUAAGCUAUAUUUUUGAAAACGUAAUGCGAUGACUGAAAGUGAAGGUUGAGCAAUUGGUAUGAAACUGGUGGUUUGUGCUUGAUUCAAAGAAUGAUUUGUAUUUUUGUUACAUGGACAAUCACCACUGAAAGUUUAAAUGUGUGAUAAACUUAGGUCACAUGUGCUUUGCUGCCUAUUACGGAAAAUAAGUAAAAAAAUGUCUUACAUAAAUGUUAACACCUGACUGAA